ACGCGCAUGCGCAGUAUAUGAGUUUUGGCGCGCUGGACGACACUAGGAAGUGUAUACAGAAGUGUGUGCUGCUGUUUGUCUCUCUGCUCCACAGUGUUAAUAACAUUACAGAUUUAGACUUUAUUAAACUUAAUUACAAGAAGCCAACAUGUGGAACCAGGGUGGAGGAUACAAUGAGUCGAGUGCAGUGGGAGGAGGUUACACUCAGUCUCCAGGAGGCUUUGCAUCACCUGCUCUCUCCCAGGGAGGAGAGAAGAAGAGAACCCGUGCCACACAGAUCAUCCCCUGCACAGUGUCUCAGAUGAUGUCUGCCUCCCAGGCUGAUGAGGCCUUCAGAGUGGGAGAUGUGGAAGUUUCCCAGGUUACCAUUGUGGGUAUCAUCAGGAGCACAGACAAAUCCAUGACCAACAUCCAGUACAAGGUCGACGACAUGACAACUGCUCCCAUGGAUGUGAAGCAGUGGGUAGACACAGAGGACCCCGGUGUGGACAGCACUGUCCUGCCUCCAGGCACAUAUGUCAAAGUCUCUGGCAAUCUGCGCUCCUUUCAGAACCACAGAUCUGUCGUGGCAUUCAGCGUCAAGCCCCUGGAGAACAUGAAUGAAAUAACCUCACAUAUGAUGGAGGUUGUUCAAGCGCACAUGGCGCUCGGCAAACCUCAGUCGGGUGCAGCAGCAGGAGGAGAAGGAGGAACGAGCAGCAACGUCACGCCUCCACCACGACCGGUCACGGAAAGCACGAGAGGGAGCUACGCAGGGGCUCACGACAUGGUUAACAACGGUUUAAGCGCAAACCAGAAUCAGGUGCUGUGCUUGAUAAGAGGCUGCCCAGAGCCGCAGGGCAUCAGCAUUCAGGACCUGAAGCAGAGACUCAACGUCAUGAGCAUGGCUGUCAUAAAGCAAGCAGUUGAAUUCCUGAGCAACGAAGGCCACAUCUUCUCCACCAUCGACGAAGAUCACUACAAAUCAACAGACAACGACGAGUAGACGCCUUCACCUUUUGCCACCAGUUAUUUGAGUCCAACCUGAUAGAAGUCAUUAAAUUUCAUAACUCAAUCUUAUCAACUAAAUCACAACCUCUCUGCCCCGAGUGACAUUCUGUCAAUUCAUCCUGUGGUCGAUGUUAGUUGAAGAACACAUGGUUUGGGUGUGACCUUUAGGUUUACACGUCCUGUAUUCCUUAGGUUGCUUCUGCUAUUUUGCAAGUCCCAAAGGUGUUGCUGUUGAAGAAGCUGUUAGAAAUGAAUACUGUUGUUCUGUAUUUCCCGCCUCCAUUGUAAAGCAUUUUGUAAUUUUAAAAGAUUUGGUACAUAAGCACUCAGUUUAUUUUUGUCUUUGUAACUUACUUUCGCCAAAAUUAAAAAGAUAAUACAAAAUA